AUCACAAAUCAAACGACACCUUGGAGAGCAGAAUUCUGGACGCAAGUUUUGGAGCAAUUCAAACUUUAAUUAGAGAAAUUCUCGCCAGUCCUUUGGGAGACGAUUUUGCUUACUGCUGUCUGCGCAGUGUGGGCAUACCGGCUGACUGCCGGAUAUAUUUGGUGUAAAACGACGCACCAAAUUUUGGCGCCGUUGCCGGGGAUUGGUUUUAAGCAGGAUUUUACUGAUUUCAGUCUGUCUUUUAUUUUUAGUUAUUUUAUUUUUAGUUUAUGCCCCGUUCUUCUCGUACAGGCGUAUUAGUUUUUGAUCCAGAAAUCGAGAAGACCGCACGAAAGUUGAAGAAGCAAGCUAAGGAGUGGAAAGAGAGAUCCAAUUCUGCUCCACCGAGUCUUGAGGAUCAAGAAGAAAUUGAAGAUCCAAUGGGUGACCGUAACAAUAAGGAUGAGGAGAACGAUAGAGAGAUCGUUGAUCCUCGACAGGAACCACCUCAACUGAUCAGAGAGUUAGGCCGUCAUAGAAACAAUCGCCCUUUGUGCAUUGUCCUUCCUGCCAUUAAUGGCAACGCUGAAAUACGGCCUGGUUUCAUUCAAGUGCUACCCAAAUUCGGUGAUUUACCUGGAGAGAGUGCACACAAGCAUCUGGCUGAAUUUGAUCUAGUUUGCUCAACUCUACGCCCUCAUGGUUUUACUGAAAAUAAUUUGAGGCUAUUGACUUUUUCUCAUACUUUGCAGGGUAGAGCGAGAGAUUGGCUUUUUGAUCUUCCUCCUGGUUCGAUUAGAACUUGGGGAGAUUUAGAAGAACAAUUCUUGCGAAAAUUCUUUCCUGAGUCCAGAGCUGCAAAUUUGAGAAUGGCCAUUAGCAGCAUUAAACAGAAGAAGGCGGAGAGUCUAGCCGAUUAUUGGGAGAGAUUCCAACAGCUGUGUCGCAAGUGUCCUGAUCAUGGAUUUUCUGACUACCAAUUGCUUACUAACUAUUUUUAUCGUGGUAUGUCUUCUUUUGAUAGGAAAAUUGUUGACGCUGCUUGUGGUGGAAGCUUGACCAAUAAAACUUUGGACGAAGCAAAGCAACUCAUCGUUGACAUGGUUUCAAAUGGCCAACAAUAUGAGGAUGAGGAUGAUGAUCGUUAUAGGCCAGUGCAGAAAGUAGAAGAUUCCAACAUGAACGAGAAAAUUGAUGCUCUCACCUCUUUAGUUAGAGGACUUGCUGUCUCUAAAACUCAACACGUUCAAUGUGGAAUUUGCUUUGAAAAUAAUCAUCAUACUGAUGCAUGUCCAUCUCUGCAGGAUAAUAAUACUGAGCAAGCGUGCAUGGGAUCCGCUGAUGAGCAAGAGAUGAACGCACAAAGGCAAAGGCGAAAUGACCCUUUUUCCAACACCUAUAAUCCAGGGUGGAGAAAUCACCCAAAUUUUAGGUGGAGACAGCAGGAACCAGGGAUGUACGCGCCGAAUCCGCCGCAGGCUGGACAGUAUGCCCAUACCGCACGUCCUGCACCGAGUUCUGCACCCAAUAUGAACGAUAUCAUGAAGAGCCUCGCCCAGAGCAGUGAAAUUGUGAAGAAUUUGGUGCAAAGUCAGCAGGCGUUCCAGCAUGAAACUCAGGCAGCGUUGAGUAAUAUGGGCACACAAAUCACGCAGUUACCCACUCAGGUGAACAAGCUGCAGGCGAAUCAAGGCCGACUUCCCUCUGUCACGGAGAUGAAUCCCAAGGAAAAUGCAAGUGCAGUAACUACAAGAAGUGGGAGAAUUCUAGCUGAGCUACAACCUAAGCAGCAGAACAAAGAUAAGCCCGAUGAAGCCAAGGACGAUGCAAUUAGUGAAAAGUCACCAGAAUCCACCGAGCCUAGCUCUUCUAAGGUAAGUGGAAAACCUAAGGUUUCAAUUCCUCAAUCACUGACUGCACCACCUUUUCCUUCUAGGUUGGCUCAGAACAAGAGAAUUGAAGAAGAGAAGGAUAUUCUGGAAAUCUUCAAGAAGGUAGAAAUAAACUUGCCCUUGCUUGAUGCAAUUAAGCAAGUUCCCAGGUACGCAAAGUUUUUAAAAGAGUUAUGCUCUAAGAAAAUGAAGUUUGGGAAUGAUGCGAGAAUUCGAGUGAGUGAGAAUGUUUCUGCUGUUCUGCAAAGAAAAUUGCCCCAAAAGUGUCGAGAUCCUGGUAUGUUCACUAUUCCAUGCAUUAUAGGUAAUAAGACUGUUGAGAGAGCCAUGCUAGAUUUAGGAGCAUCCAUAAAUGUCAUGCCUUAUUCUGUGUAUAAGGAUUUGCAAUUAGGACCUUUGAAAGACACUCGUGUUAUCAUUCAGUUAGCUGAUAGGUCUACUGCAUAUCCCGAAGGUGUUGUUGAGGAUGUCCUUGUUAAGGUCAAUGAUUUGAUUUUUCCUGUGGAUUUUUAUAUUGUUGAUAUGGAUGAUUCUGCUAAGCAAUCCUUGAUUCUUUUAGGGAGACCAUUCAUGAAAACUGCUAAAGCAAAAAUUGAUGUGGAUAGUGGAAUGCUUAGCCUUGAAUUUGAUGGAGAUGUUGUCACAUUUAAUAUUUUUGAGGCUAUGAAGCAUGUUGAGGAUCCUGAAUCUGUGUUCAUGAUUGAUGUUAUUGACCAUUUGGUUGAGGAAUUUGUUGAGAAUUUCAGGGAGGAUGAGCUUGAGCAUGUUAUUUUCAGUUCCCUAACUGAAGAGAACUCCAAAACUGAGGAGAAUGAAGCCAUUAGAGAGAUUAUCAUGCAGCUGUACUCAACGGAGGAAAUUCCAGUUCGGCACCUGUCGAGCAGGAUGCCCAUACCGACCAGCACAGAACCGAUUUUGCCCUCUGUUGUGAAGCCACCGAAGCUGGACUUGAAGGUACUGCCCCAGCAUCUGAAAUAUGUGUUUUUAGGAGAGGAUGACACGCUGCCAGUGAUCAUCAACAAUGAACUCAGUGCAGAACAAGAGUUUAUACUAAUAGACUACGAUUUUCUGCCACCACCGUAG